GAUGCCACCAACGUAUCUUUUGGACCAAUGGUCACGCCCAGCAGUCCGAUUGGAAGGUACGCUCGGUCGCGACCGCACGGCAGGCCAAACGAGUGCCCGGUCGACACAUACGUCGACGCACGCGCUAUUUGCUUCAGGUCAGAGUCUCCAGCUUCCAGUUUGGUUGUAGGGGCGUCCCUGUCAGCCCUCGUCUUACAUGCAGUUGAAAGCCCCGAAUCUGGAUAUCACAAAACGCAUCGAUUUGGCCCCCACAUCUACAUCUAGAUGACUAUUUAUUCUGUUGACUCCGGGCAAGAUACGCGGAAACAUGUACUGGACCUUCCGGAAGACAUGGACGAAUCAGGUUCGAGUGGCUUUGAGGUGAAGCUCGUAGGUACCUCAACUAUCGAGUAGGCCCGUCGUCUUUAGGCUUCCUGCCUUGAAUAUGGCUUGAAAAGCCAUUUUUGGUAUGCAUAGAUAUAUCAGACGCAGCUCUGUGGCGUAUAGUUGCUACGGCACCCACCCAGAUACCCGUCUACGCCUUGUGGUAGAACCAGGUCACGCUGCUCGGUCGAUGCACUCAACAUCAUAUCGGGCUUCGACAGGUGCAAAGUUGGACACCUUCCUCCGGCU